AUGGCGGGGUCGGACGAGGUGAACAGUCAUCCGGUGGAAAACCACGAGAACGCUAAGAUACAGCUGACUGGUGCAGAGCUGCAAGCACUAGUUGAUAAUGCUGUUAUAAGGGCUUUGGAUCGACAAAACAGUGAGUAUAGUGAGACUCACAGUAGGACCCUGUCUACACCGCACACCAAGUCAAAGACUCAUUCGGAGGGUCACAGCAAGCCACCAUCUAAGAAUAGUGAGUCUAAGAAAGAGGAUGAUAGGCACUCCUCAAACCAUAACAGUGUUCCACCCAAGAAGAUAGUAUUUGAUAAUGCCCCACGUACCAAGUCCUGUGAAGCCCUGGCCUGGUGGAGGUCGUUAAUUCAGGCUACUGGGAAGAUUCCGCUAGAUAUAUUGUUGGAGUACUCGAAACAAGUGAUGAAACUCGGGGUUUGUUUAUUCGAGUUAAUGUCUGAAGCUCUUAGGCUUGAUGCGAAUCACCUUCUGGACAUGGGAUGCGCGGACGGGCUUGCUGUUCUUGGUCAUUACUAUCCUUCUUGUCCACAACCUGAAUUAACUAUCGGAACCGUAGCACACACCGACAACAGUUUCAUCACGAUUCUUCUGCAGGAUCAUAUCGGUGGCCUCAAGAUCUUUUAUAAGAAUCAGUGGACUGAUGUUCCUCCUAUACCGGGAGCUCUUGUAGUGAACGCUGGAGAUUUUCUACAGGUUUCUCUUCACUCUCUUAUGAUCAGUGGCAAAUCUAGAAGAAACAUUAAAGGGUAUCUCAAAAACAUCAGUGUAUAUUGUGGCGGAUUUAGAAAAAAAAAAUCAGCGUAUACAACGGAGAAAAUUUUUUAUUUGCACUUCACCAAGAAAGUUGAGGGGUAUCCCGAGCACCCCGUCAACCCCCUAGAUCCGUCCCUGCUUAUGAUUGUUGUAAAAAAUUAUCAUGAGUAA